GAUACAUAACAAUUAUUCCAGAACGGCUAUCUUCUCCGUAAUCAUACUCAACCAGAGGCCAUCAUGUCUCCAGCUUCCGUAGUGUUGAUGCUGCUGAUCGUUGCAGCGGCCGUUACGAUUCCAAGAGGGGAAGCACAGCUUACUUGUCUCGAGGUGGUGGGCGGCUACUUCAUGGCAUGCCUCUACUUCCUAAAUUCCGGCGGUUUCUUGCCGGCAGAAUGUUGCAGAGGCCUCCGCAGCCUGGCGGAAGUAGCUCAGGCGGCGAUCGACCGCCGCAGCGCCUGCAAUUGCUUGAAGAUGCUGGUUCAGGGUGCUGCCGAAGAAGUGCUAAGGCGUGCUGGCCUUCUCCCCGAAACUUGUCAAAUUUCCGAUCUCCCCUUCGUCAUCAGCCCCAGCACCGACUGCUCCAUGGUGAUCUGAGAGCAGUUUUUUAGUGAUUACCGGUCAGUGAAGUGUGAAGUGUUUGGUGAAUCGGGUAUGCUUGAUAACAUUGAUUGUUCUUUUGGGCCAUUCUUGAAGAUAAUUGCUGUAAUUGUUGAGAAUUUUGUAAUGUUUGUCAAUAAUUCAAUAUUUGUCCUUUCCAUUUAUUUUUAUAGUUUUUGUAAUUUGUACACUCGUGUUAUUUUCAUUAUUUAAUGGGCACACUUUAGCUUCUUUUUCA